UAAGCAUCAUAUUUGAUUUUCAAGACUUGCGAAGUCAACGAAAUGCAUAUUGCCCUAAUGUGCUCGCGUAUCACAUUCGCCUGCACGAAGGUAAGAAACAUUGGUACAGGUAAGAGACAUAUGCACUUCCAGCAGCUGUGGGCAGCUGGUGUAGCAGGAGCGAUAUCGCCACUGGCGACAUCCCACCAACCCACCUUUAACUAGCAUGUGCCAGAGCCCCAAAGGUCAGUCAGAACUGCACAGUAAGUCUGAGACACAUCAUUGCACUCAGAACUCAUGACAAGCAGUGUCGCUCGUUGACUCGUACUAGGAUGUUUCUUAUCGCAAACAGUUUGAAAAUAUAUCUGAUUCUAGACUCAUAAACCGCAUACAUAUCUCAGCCAAUCUUGAAAUAGCACGCCAUAAUUAUUAUCGCGGGGCAGAUCUCGCCUUAUCACAUCGAACCAGGAACAUACAUAGAACCGACCACCAUGGAUGACUAUUUGACCAAUCCGGCAUUGAUCUAUGAUGGAGGAGAUGAACUCACACCCCUGAUCCUUAUGCACGAUGGCGGCGGUACCACGUUCAGUUAUCACUGUCUGGAUUUUACGAAUCGCCCCCUCUACGGUGUUGAGAAUGUACAUCUGCACGAGGGCGGCUGGUGGGAUGGUGGCAUCGUGGAAAUGGCUAGGCAUUACAUCGGACUCAUUUCCAAGGCGCUACCUAGGGGAGGAGAUAUAAUCCUAGGCGGAUGGUCAUUGGGCGGCAUAUUAUCGCUGGAGAUGGCGCACCAGAUUGCAACAGAUGCCAGUAUAACGCCCAAGUUCAAGGUGCUGGGCAUCGUGAUGAUAGACAGCGUCUAUCCGAAGAAGCUGUCGGAGAUUUUGGAUGCCCCAGAGCUGGCCCAAACGUGGCCCAAGGAGCGCCUUGCUACGAGUCCUGAGAAGAUCAAGGCCAUGGCUCUCAAGGACAAAGUCGAUGUCAACAUGACGCACGCGCGGGCCAUGAUUGUACGCUGGGAGAAGCCAAAGUGGGAUACGGCCUUGGCGCCUCCUACGAUCCUAUUGCGUGCCAAGGAAAUGGUUGAUGGGGAGAACCAAAAGUUCGUGGAUCAUACGAGACACGAUCGCCUGCUCGGUUGGGGUCCAUACAGCGAGGAGUAUGGAGACUUUAUUCGGAAGGUUGUGGACAUCGAAGGGCACCACUUUACGGUCUUCCAUGAGCAACAUAUCUCGGAUAUUACGAAAAAGAUAUGCGCAGCAGCAGAUUUAAUAGAGGAGCGUCGGAUCUAGAACAACAGCGCGAGAAAUAGCAAGAAUUAGAGGAUAGAAAGACGUAUCAUAGUGCAGGAUUUGUGUAUAGCACUCCGAUUAUUUUACUUUUACCGGGGAAUGUUGUAUACACAUCACGCAUCUCAAGAUAGAGUUUUGAAUUGAUAUACUUCAUUUUAUGCUG